CCCAAAUUCCUCCAUUAUUUUCCCAAAUUUCUCCAUUAUUUUCCCAAAUUCUGCUGUUUUCCCUGCCAGAUUCCCAUUUUUCCUCCUCUUUGGGAGGAAAUCUUUGGGAUUUCCCUCUCCACUGAUUUCCCUCAACCUCCCGGAAUUAAAACUCGGUUUCAACGCCCAAAACCCAACGGAAUUCCCAAAUUCUUCACCUUUUUUCCCUCCUUUUCCCUGCCAGAUUCCCAUUUUCCUCCUCAUCUUUGGGAUUUCCCUCAACCUCCCGGAAUUAAAACUCGGUUUCUACACCCAAAACCCAACGGAACCUCCCAAAUUUCUCACAUUUUUCCCACUUUUCCCUGCCAGAUUCCCGUUUUUCCCGACGAUGGCAAGGCUCCUGCUGCCUCUGCUCCUGUUCCUGCCCUCGGCCGCCUCGCCGGCGCCGCCGUGCCCCCGGCGCUGCUCGUGCCAGAACCUCUCGCCGUCCUUCACCAUCCUGUGCACCAAGACCGGGCUGCUCUUCGUGCCGCCCGGCAUCGACCGGCGCACGGCCGAGCUGCGCCUCAUGGACAACUUCAUCACGGUCCUGCGCAGGCGCGACUUCGCCAACAUGACCCAACUCAUCCACUUGACGCUGUCGCGCAACACCAUCAGCCAGAUCAUGCCUUACGCCUUCGCCGACCUCAAGGGCCUCCACGCGCUCCACCUGGACAGCAACCGCCUGACGUCCAUCCACGAGGAGCACUUCAAGGGGUUGGUCAACCUGCGCCACUUGAUCCUCAGCAACAACCAGCUGAGCUUCAUCUCGCCCAGGUCCUUGGACGAUUUCUUGGAGACCAUCGAGGAUUUGGAUUUGUCCUACAAUAAUCUGGUGGACGUCCCUUGGGCCACGGUGGCCAAGCUGUCCAACGUCAACACGGUGAGCUUGGAUCACAACCUCAUCGAGUUCGUGCCCGAGGGGAUUUUCUCCAACCUCCACAAGCUGGCCAGGUUGGACAUGACCUCCAACAAGCUGAAGAAGAUCCCGCCGGACCCGCUCUUCUCCCGCGUGCCGGUUUACGCCAAAUCCAAAGGCUCUCCGCUGACCUCCUUGGUGCUGAGCUUCGGCGGCAACCCGCUGCACUGCAACUGCGAGCUGGUGUGGCUGCGGCGCCUGACGCGCGAGGACGACCUGGAGACGUGCGCCUCGCCGCCCGAGCUGAUGGGCAAAUACUUCUGGAGCAUCCGCGAGGAGGAGUUCGUCUGCGAGCCGCCCAUGAUCACCCACCGCACGCCCGCGCUGGCCGCCGCCGUCGGCCGCGGCGCCUCCCUCAAGUGCAAAGCCGUGGGCGACCCCGAGCCCUACGUGCGCUGGAUCGCGCCCGACGGCAAGCUGGUGGCCAACACCUCCAGGACGGUCUCCUACGAGAACGGCACUCUGGAUAUUCUGGAGGCGGCGCCGGGCGACCAAGGAACCUUCACCUGCAUCGCCUCCAACGCCGCCGGCGAGUCGACGGCGCCCGUGGAGCUCCGCGUGGUGCCGGACGGCAACGGCACCGAGUGCGAGGAGGAGGAGGAGGACGGGGCGAGGAGGAAGGCGGCGGCGACGGCGCGGCCGGAGCCGUCCGAUAUCCUGGUUUCGGCCAAGUCCGGCUUCUCCAACGACUCCGAGGCGCAGCGCGGGGACGCCGGGGGGGUGGUGGUGGCCGAGGUGACGGCGACGUCGGCGCUGGUGCGGUGGCCGCCGCAGGACGAGCUGGAAGGGUUGAGGAUGUACCAGAUCCAGUACAACAGCUCCGGAGACGAGAUCCUGGUUUACCGGAUGAUCCCGGCGCCCAGCGCGUCCUUCUCGCUGUCGGACCUGGCGCCGGGCCGCGCCUACGAGCUGUGCGUGCUGGCCGUGUUCCGCGACGCGCGCAGCGCGCUGCCGGCCUCGCGCCCGCUGGGCUGCCGCCGCUUCCGCACGCGGCCGCCGGCGCGGCCGUGCCGCUCGGCGCCGCCGCGCGUGCCGGGCGCCACCGUCAUCAUCGGCCUGGGCGGCGUCAUCGCCGCCUCCGUGCUCGCCUUCAUCGUGGUGCUGCUGCUGCGGCACAAGGCGCGCGCCGCGCCGCCCAAGGGCGCCCGCCACGUCUGCUCGCAGACCAACGGCGCCGCGCUCCGACGGUCCGCGUCCAAGGCUGAGGCCACGGAGAGGACGGAGGCGACGGGAUGGGCUGGGGAGGGAGCUGAGGUGGGGUCCUGAUGGGGAUGGGGAUCAUGGAGAGCCUGGAGAGCCUGGAGAUCAUGGAGAGCCUGGAGAUCCUGGAGAUCAUGGAGAGCCUGG